AUGACUACUCCUCAAAGACAAGACUUUAUACUGUUCAGCGAUCAAUCUGUCAUGCCUUCAGAGCUGCGGGCAGUGACCGUAGAGCCAAAGCAUCAUUUGUUUUUGAUUACUUCUACCAUGGCUACACAACCUCUUUGGUUGAUUAAUGCCUUGGUAGAGACCUGUAUCUCUGGAGGACCUUUCUCAUUAAAUGGACCAUCUGUGUCAUUAAAGGCUAAUUCUAACUCUUUGACAACUAUCGCGUCUUUGGUGCAUGAGGAAAUAUUUUAUCAUAAUGCAUUAAGGAAAUUGAAGGUUAAUGCUAAUGGGUAUCAAAUAUUGGAUGUUUUAACAGAUUUUGUAUUGAAGAAUAAUGAUAAACCAAGAGAUAAAGUUUUAGAUGAAUUAUUGGAAAGAUUCCCCACAGAUGUUCAAUCCACUAUUGUAUUAGAACAACCAGAAUUACUUUUAUCAUUAAUUCGUGGUCUCACGGCAGAUGAAUUAAACAAGAAGUUUAUAUUACCACUGAUGAAGAAAUGUAAACUAUUGAUUGUUGCCUCAAGUAUUGAUCUUUUCCAAGAUAAUGAGAAUGAACCUUUGGAUUCUAAUAAUAAUGAUGUCCAAGAAUUUACAAAAUUUGUAACCAGUCUUAUCUACAAUAGUAUUGUUGUAAUGAAUUUGAGAUCAUUGGAUACUGGUCGUUCUAAGGAUGUUACUGGUUCAUUGAUGAUCUCUAGAGGUGGUCAGUCCACAAAUUCACCACUUUCUGUGCAUGUGGUAGAGAACGAGUAUCUAUAUUUAACGCAGAGGGAUUCCACCAGAUUAUUUUAUAGAUAA